AUGGUCUUCGCGACGAGCACAGUGUCUGGAAACCCCGUUCCUCUUACCAUCAUCAAGGGCGCAAGCUCAGAGUUCAUUCCGUUCCCUGCUGGAGAGAAUGCUACUGUCGCCGACUUCCACUCCAUCCGCACAAGCACUACCGACUCGCCGUCAUACUUGACAUCUGGCUUCUACAAGAUCGAAAAGGGCAAAGCAUACCCUCUGGACUACACUUGCGAGGAGACCAAGUACGUGAUCAGUGGACAGAUCGACGUUCUGGAUGAAGCAACUGGUGUGACGCAUCACUUGGUUCCUGGAGACUUUGCUUUCUUCUACGUUGGCAGCAAGGUGCAAUUCUCGACAAAGUCUGCCGGUUUGGCGUUCUAUGCUGUAACCAGACCUGUCAAGGCGGCACACCCGAACCUUGCUGGCAGGGAGGAGGAUGUCAAGCAAAAGUCAAAACUGUGA